AUGCCCCACGAGUUUCGGGGACGCCUGAACCGUGUGGUGCGAGGAUUGCGGCUCAGGUUGACUAAUGGUCCCCUGAGACCUGCGAGGAAUGCAGCUCGGAUGGACUUGGUGUCUCCAAGACCUGCGAUGAUUGCGGUUCAGAUUGAAGUGUUAUCUCUGAGACCUGCGAGGAAUGCGGCUCGGUUAACUUUAUGUUUCCGAGACAUGCGAAGAUGGAAUUGA